AUGCCAAAUCCACCAGACAAUAAUAUUGGACCAACACAAAAUUCUCGUAUUGUACGCGUUCGUGAUUUAUCAAUCUAUUAUGAUUCAAAAAAUGAUGAUAUUUAUCGAUAUGUUCCACGAAUAGAUGAUGAUAAAAAAAAACCAACAAACAAUAAUAACUGGAUUUAUACAUCUAUUAGUCAAACAAGACAAUCAUUACAACAAAUCUGGAACGAUAAUAAGGAUUUACGUUUAAGAAUUACUCGUGGAUUAGAAACAGGUGAAGCUCAUACUAAAGCUACGAUUGAUUAUAUUCGUGAUGAUCAAACAUUAUUACCAAAAGUUGGUGUUGUUACAAUUGCUGGUCUUGGUGGUCUUCUUCUUGGUCACAAAGGUGGUCCUAUACGAAAGACAUUUUAUUCAUCUAUUGCUGUAGCUGUUGCACUUAGUGCUUGUUAUCCAAAACAAUCAGCGAAUUUACUUGAUCAAGUUUAUCUUAGAAUUAAAAAUGAAUCAAAAAUUUUUUUUGAUACUACGAUUGAUUAUAUUCGUGAUGAUCAAACAUUAUUACCAAAAGUUGGUGUUGUUACAAUUGCUGGUCUUGGUGGUCUUCUUCUUGGUCACAAAGGUGGUCCUAUACGUAAGACAUUUUAUUCAUCUGUUGCUGUAGCUAUUGCACUUAGUGCUUGUUAUCCAAAACAAUCAGCGAAUUUACUUGAUCAAGUUUAUCUUAGAAUUAAAAAUGAAUCAAAAAAUUUUUUUGAUAAAACAAAUUCAAGUUCAUUAUCAAAAGUUAUCGACAAUAAAGAUCGUAUUUUACAUACAACAAAAACUGAAAAUGAACCACGUGUUACAAUUAAAGGUGAUUAUGAACAAGGUACAUCAGCUGAUCAACAUCUAUAUACAACACGUGGUAAUAUUAAUCCAACAUCAUUGGAUACAGAAAAAAAAUUUUAA